UGUAUAUCCCUCACGAUGAUGUACAGUUGCUCGAAUGCUUGCAUCCCAAAUUGUUAGCGAGUAAAAUGCAUACUUUGCACUCGAGUUUUCAAAACAAUACUGUAAUUAAAGGGAGAAUCGAUAAAACAUUCAAUGUAAACAUGCCUUUUACACAAGUCGCAAAGGUAUUCCAUCGAAGAAAAUACUUUGGUACUCUUUUAUAUUAAUAUCUGGUUGCACCACCCCUGGUAUGAGUUACGUUAUCGGACACAUCGUAAUGUUACCAGCUAGUUCUCGAAGCUCGCAUUUGCACCAAGUUACAUUAUUAUUUUGAAAACUAGAGUCUAAGAUAUUUGACCUGUGAAGAAUUUAGAGAUGGAAGUGUUCGAAUACUUUCGUAAACAACUGUAAACUUGUACGCUUUCCUCGUGCUCGCUACACGUAAUCCUUCAACAAGAAUCGUCCGCUGCUCUUGUUUCUCGCGCAUUGUUUAUUUGUGACUGCUGAUUCGUUGCGACUCGUGACUCUCUUCACGAUACUAUUCUAUGAGACUUUUGCUCCGUUUGUUAUAUUUCCGGGAUAAACAAUCCGCCACUACGACACCGUAUGAAAAUUUUGUCGAGUUACUCUGAAAAGAUUUGUUAAACUUUUCCCUUUUGAAAAUUCAUCGAACAAGACGAUGUUAUUUGACGCGCACACGAUAAAUGCUCGUGUGAUUUAUAUACAACGUAAUCCUCCGUUAUUUGUGCUAUUUUAUUCAUGCGAAAUUACAAACAAUUCAUUGCUCGCGAAAGUUUGAUGAGGAUUAAGCAAGAAACAUUUCGAUUUUCAAUGAAAUGUAGAUUCUUGUGUAACAGUGGAAGCGUUCAAUGUUUCAUUCAUUUAAUAUUUGUGUUUUACCUAAUUAUUUGAUUUUAAUAACAUGUAUGUGAAAUGUAUACUUAAUUAUAUAGGUUAACAGUCCGGUUUUUGCAUAAAAUUAUUCAGAUAAAUGGAAAUUAACUGUAAAAAGAAUUUGGGUAUGAGGUGGACGAUUCAUUCCAGAAUGCAUCGCAUUUAUUAGACAUUUUGGAUAUAAACGGACUUCCUUGUUGACACAACGGCAAAGUGUUCUUGUUUGGUACAUAGAAUAGAAGGAAAAGAUGUCCCAAUUAAGUAUUAGUACAGGAAAGAGAGGGAGGAGUGUUGCAAGCUCCUCUGCAUCCACAGUAUCGUCGUUGAGCAGUUCGACUGACUUAGCAAGCCUAUUCGAAUGUCCGGUUUGCUUCGAUUACGUUCUUCCACCAAUCCUGCAGUGUCAAAGUGGACACCUUGUUUGUAGUACUUGCCGACCAAAGCUUAAUUGCUGUCCUACCUGUAGAGGUCCAUUAGGUAAUAUCCGCAACCUGGCUAUGGAAAAAGUGGCAGGUAAUGUAAUGUUUCCUUGCAAGUAUUCAACGAGUGGAUGCACGGCUUCUUUGCUGCAUACUGAAAAGGUAGAUCACGAAGAUGCGUGCGAAUUCCGUCCAUACAGUUGUCCUUGUCCAGGUGCUUCUUGUAAAUGGCAAGGAUCUCUUGAACAAGUAAUGCCGCAUCUUGUUAUGAGUCACAAAAGUAUUACAACUCUUCAAGGAGAAGACAUUGUUUUUUUAGCAACUGAUAUUAAUCUUCCUGGUGCUGUGGACUGGGUAAUGAUGCAGUCUUGUUUCGGUCAUCAUUUUAUGCUAGUGCUUGAAAAGCAAGAAAAGUAUGAUGGACACCAACAAUUUUUUGCAAUUGUUCAACUGAUUGGCUCAAGAAAACAGGCAGAAAACUUUGCUUAUAGACUAGAACUGAAUGGACAUAAAAGGCGUCUGACAUGGGAAGCUAUGCCACGUUCUAUUCACGAAGGUGUUUCAUCUGCUAUCUUAAAUUCAGACUGCCUUGUAUUUGACACCUCUAUUGCACAGUUAUUUGCUGAUAAUGGAAAUCUAGGAAUAAAUGUUACAAUUUCCAUGGCAUGAGGAAAGCUGGAAAAAGCAGUGUGAAAUCAUUUAAACGUAUUGAGCAGUCUUUGGAUCGUAAUUUCAUCUUCAUAUUGAGGAUUGCCCGUUAUGUACAUACAGCAUUUUUUUACGUUACCACAGAUAAAUAUUAGCAAUAUGGAUGUUAGGAAAUGUUUGGAAUAUGUUGGUGAAGUACAGAAAUCAAACGCUCAGUUACAGGACCUCUCUUUAGAAGCUUUAAAGUGUACUUGUAUGUGAUAUUAACACAACAUGAAUACAAUAAACAACCUUUCUGUAUAUUUACGUUGACUUUAAAGCUUUGGGUACUGGGUGAAGCAUCGAUUCCAAAAAGUACCUGACACCUAUUGCACAUAGAUAUCAUUUUUUUUUUUUUUUUUUUGUAGUUAUUUCUUACUAAACCAAUUUUUAUAAAACAAUAUAUUUUAUGAAAAGGACUAUAAUUUUUGCCGAAAUGUCUAUUAUAAUUUGUUUAUAUACGAUAUGGCAAUGCAAACCGAAACUUGAAGCACAUACCUGAAGAAGUCUAUAUACGUAAUCUUGUUAGUGUAUAAUAAUUGAAUUGAACGCGUUAAGCACACAUCUGUCAUUAUUUAUUCUCAUUUAGGAACUUCACACGCUCGCAUAUUUAUUAUCAUCGCCUAAUUUUGUGUAUUACCAUUUUAAAAUUAGUUUUCUUCUGUAAUAAAUUUACUUUUUGUUACAAAUACAUGCCACGUUACAUUGUAACUGAGUUUCCCGUGCUUGAUGGUAUUGUAAAUUGUAUAUUUCGUACUUUCUGUAUAUUACGAAAAAAUAAUUUGUAUUAUCUUAUUCAAAAUUUUCAUUAUAAAGCUGAAAUUUCAUACUGAAUAAGAAAGCAUAUCAAAUCAAAAGUUAUUAGUAUAUUCAUAAAUGCAAUGUCAAGGGGUUAUAAUUACUGCAAUGUGCUUAACAAAGGAGAACUUACCAAUUCUUUCUUGGUGCGUGAUGUUGAUUAAUUGUUGCGAAUUUCAAGGUUAUCGAUAACGCUAUUCAGUAAAUUUCAGUUUUGCAGAGAUGAAAUAUUAAAGUACAUGUAUUAGCAAUACACACGGGAACACGAAAGUAGUUAGUAUACGAUAAGCAGGUGCAAAAAUGAUAGAAAUAAAUUUGCGCAGUCUCAUCCUUUUUUACUAAUCCUGAAACAGAUGAAUGUAAUAUAAAGAGAAAUGUUACAAUUUCAAGUGUAUAGAAUCAUUAAAUUGUUGCAUAGUAGUUUUAUAAGUAAUCAAUUGUACAUAAUCUUUAAGUUAUCGUUCUUAUAAAACUUUUUAGUACCAUCUAUUAAAACUUCGGUCAAAGAUUAUGAUUUAGUAUAAUUUAUCUUUGGAAGUUAGUUUUGAAAAAAAAUGCGUAACAAGGUAUAGACGUAAGAGAUCACAAAUGUUUACGUAAAAACUUAAUUUACUGCAACAUUAUGACAGAUGCUAAACUACGAUGACAAAAUGGCGAUACGUUUGAAUAGAGUUGAAACUAUACGAGCUUGAUCUUGGUGUAAUUUGAAAUUCUAAAAGACCGGAACGAAGUACGGAAGAGGAUGAUCGUGCAAAGAUUUUUGACAAAUUCAAUUUUAUUACGAGAAAGAUAUGACGUAAUGGAAAUACCAAAAGCACGAUCGAAACGUUUUUCAUUGAAUCGUGACUCUUACGUCAUUAUUAAUCGCAUACGAAAUAUUGGAACAUUCCAAGCGUAGACGAAAAGUUACUGUAAAUAGAACAAACUUUAUAUGUGAUAAAGCUAUUAAUUGAUAAUGUAAAUUAACAUGCCGACAUGCAUAUAUUAUGAAGUUCAAAGGAAUAUGGGAACCAAUUGCAUGUAUGCAUAUGUAUAAGUAUAUAUAAAUAUACGAACGUAUAUGGUACAUAAAUAUAUAUAAAUGUAUUUAUAUAUAUGUAUAUAUAUGCGUGUAAGGCGUAUGACUAUGUGUUAUGUUUACAUAAGUGUAUUAAAUGAAACAUUUAAUUUCGAUGAAUUUUAAGUCUAAGCAGUUUUGGCGGUUACUGAAAAAAAAUAUUCAAGUUUAAUUUUCACGUUAAUUGUUAUUCGAACAGUCUAUAUAAGAAUACCUUCUCGUCUUAUGCUUACGAUGCACCAAUGGAAUCACAAAAUUCGCACACUUAGACAUCACCACAAGCAUCCAUUUGAAAGCCAUUACACGAAAAAAAGGCUUUAUCAGAGGAAUAGGACGAACUGUUCGGUGAAACGUUAACGAAAGAUAAAACACACGACAAUUGAACACGAUAUUGUUAAAAUGUCGUUGAUAAAAAUCGUACCAAGUAUUAAAGUGCGAAUUUCAUUACAAGGAUACUAUAAUGCUAAGAUAUAUGUACAUAUAAUUUAAUAAGAUAUAAAUCUAGAAUUAAUUAUAACGUAAUGUUUAAUCUUUUAUUACAAUAAUUUAUUCUUACAGAUCGAUAAUAACGAUACGCAGAUAUUUUUAACCGAUGCGAUUAUUAAAAGCGAUAAACUUAAUCCCUUACUGCGUAACUUUUUAUAUAAUUUCAAGAAUAACAGUAAAGCGAUAUUUUUUCAAAUUUAGUCUCUAGAGUUAUAGUAAAUUUUACUUGUUCUUGGAAAUAUUUCGUAAUUCAUGGUACUCGAGUGAACUGAGUUAUUUUUUCAAACGGAUAACUUCACACUUUGAAGGAAAAUAAUUCAGCGGUAAGGGUUUAACGGUACAGACGCUUAUGUUAACAUCACAGUUUGUAAUUCGGUUGUAUCUACUUUAUAGAUUUUGAUGAAAUCUUUGUUAUGAUACCGAUUCUUAUGCAUAAUUUUAGUUUGAUCAUUUAUUAUCGAUUAGGUAUGGAAUUAUAAACGAAUACUUCGA